GCUGUCUGGUCGUAUACGCAACGUUGCAAAUAGCCACCCGUCUGCCGCAGUGACGGGUCCACAAAGCAUGAAUAUAAAGACCAGACAAUGUUUGCCUUGCGAUGAUUGACAAUUGACUCAAGAAGAGCGGGUAACAACUAAAGGAACUAGAUUUCCGAGCCAAAACCUCGGAAUACGCCAAACGUUGGUAGACAGAGCGGGUCCACCCAUAGUGAGUUCACCUGAUAGCACGGACAAGUGAAGCGAAGAGACUGCAGUAGACCUUUUCCAGUGCAGUAGCCGGUACCAUAGUCCAACCUCCGUUCAGAACCUACCCAUUGAAUAAAGAAAUCUCUCGGAUUGAGCACGAUCACCUCCACGCAGCAGGUUGUAAGGAUUCUUGUCCUGGAAUCCAGAACUGGCCGUGUGAGAAUGGUCGGCAGCAACAUUGAUUCCGGCUGCGGGGCUCGUUCCUACGGUAACCGCGAAGUCGGGACUUCUGCAGCGGCGCUUCCGAGGAUGUGUGAGAGGCCGAUGCCGACCAAUGCUAGUACGCCGGAUGUGCAUGAAGCACACAGUGUGGUGCAGCAUCUUGUUCGGCCAAGCUACACACAACGGACGUCGGAUCGAUGUCAAAGCAUCGAUCGCGAAGCGGGUGUCGACGCUCCAGAUCCUGGAAGAUGCACUUGCCGCAAUGGCGAUGAGCGCCGAAGGAUGUCUUAUGAUAGUGGUUCAGGCAGUCUGUGCUAUCACCAGCGAAUGAAAGCAUUGCCAGCAUUACAACUACUCUUGCUACUUCUGUUGCUCGCCGAGAGAUCGUCACUAAUCGAGGCUGACGGAACGCCGGCAGCUAUAGAAUGUCGAGCACCGACUUCCCUUGCCACGGUACACUGCCCAGCAGCAGUGCCAAAUGCUAAUGAUGUCAGAGAGUGGAGGAGGACGGACACCAGCGCAAGCACCUCCUGGAUCACACCAUUUAGCAGAGAUGACGGUGUGUAUGCGCAUGAGAGCACCAUGGUUAUCGAUAGUGUUGCCCAUCGCCACGCCGGGGAAUAUGAAGCCUGGUCAUAUCGCCAACCAGGAGUCAAGGCGAAGCUGAUAUGCCGAGUGUACCUCAUAGUUGCUGAAUAUGGCAGUUGCCAAGAGCACAUCAAGUUGAAGAUGCUGGGCCCGAAGUCUGCUACCACAUUGGUUGGCAGGCGGGCAUGUAUACACUUCCGGCCGGCCAUAACCAUAGAUAAACGGAUUGCAGUGCGUGGCAUACCAACACCGAUGGACGUCUUCUACAAGAAGAUAACCAAAGACGAAAUGCUUUCCCUGGAGACGUGGGGCUCGGGACGAUACAGCGUGGAGAACGGAAGCCAUUUGUGCAUAGAAGAUGCACGGCUUGACGAUGUUGCAAAAUACACGUCAACCGGAGCACUAAGCGAGCAGUUUGGAUUUACGAAAGAGUUUACAACCAGGCUCAAAGUCAGAAUGCCGGCUACUUUGGACGUCUCGUUGCUACCUAUCACGGUCACGCCAACGCGACACAUCAGUGUUGACUGUGCCGCACAAGGCAAUCCACUUCCAACCGUAGCCUGGUACAAGCUUAGCGACACGAGCAAUGCAAGAACCCUACUGUCGAAGACUAGCCGCAGACUGCGGGCACAGCCGGCCGUGACUAGGCCCCAGAGCGGCGUCAAAAUCACCUCAUCGGCGGAAAGAAAGAACUAUAGGGUCAUCUCUUCGCUGGUGCUAUCAGGCCCAAGUGCUGCAGGCACGUAUCUCUGCGAGGCCAGGAAUACCGGUUUCUAUGGGCGCACACAUACAAGUCAGCCUGUGAACAUCACUGAGAGUGUGUUUUAGAACUGGCGAGGCUUAGCCAUACCCACGUUGAGUGCACUAGUAUCCGUUUACUGUUGUGACAUGCAUUCUAAUUGACACGAGAGCUAAAGUUUAGCCAGUCGCUUAUUCCUACAAAUGAUACUUUGCCGCUAACCUUAUCCAUGUGAACUGUGAGAUUUCAGACCAAUCGGUAAUCCCCACACUCUCCUUUGUUUUCUACCCUCCAAGUCACUGUGCAAAACGCCCAAUAUGCUAUAUGUCGCAGAGCCACUCAGUCUAGUAACCUAUCAAGCAGCCAUAUCCCAAUAUACUUCUGUGUUAAAAUAUGCUAUUUAUUUCACGUAAUGCAGCGUACAGAGUCGAGUACAAAAUAGUCGGUGAAUCCAUUUCCAUCAUACAGAGUUCUUUUCCAUACCUCAUUAUUAUUAUUUUUUUCUUUUAGACUAACAACAAUGAAUACUAUCCCGCCAUCCAAACGUGCUGGUUUUGAAUUUGCGAUAAGAUUGGGAGUCACAUAUCCUAGAGCUUGGUAGGGUUUGAACCAUUCAAAUUGCAGGUAAACUAACACACAUGAUUGGCAAU